AUGCCGCUGCCAAGUAAUGUGGCGGUCCUACGUUCUUACUCCCUAUCUGCCAUCUAUCCUACAGACACUAUUGAAGAUGUCACCCUCAAGUGGGCAUCUUCUGGUGCCAAAGGCACUGAAAUUAUUUCGCUCAGGGUCGCUGUCUCCAGAACAACAGCGUUCGUCCGUUCGAAACUCCCAGAAAAAGCGACCACAAACGCAGCUGUCCAUCCCAUACCUGUCUAUGCCCGAAAUCAUCCAGUUCAUCCCCUCGCAUACCUCAAGCAAGCGCGUAGUCAGAAGAGCCGCUGGUUCAGCACUCAAGCACGCAACUUUGUUUCACCCGCCACUAAAGUACAGAAUGGUCCACGAUUCAAAAGAUCAGACUUUCCUAUCUCAAGGAUCAGUAAGACAGUACAGCAAGGAGGCAUCUCGCCAUUCGCGUCGACGCUACGGCCCAACUUGACUGGAGGUGCUUUACCCCGCUCAGCAGGAGGCUAUUCUUUAGGUGGCGCCGGGAAGGCCAGGUUCUUCGGCCACACAGCAGGCUGCCAAGCUCAAGUCGUAAACAACGUCGGCGCAGGUGUUCGUGCUUUUGUAGUUGGUGGCGGCAAAGUAAAAUAUGAUGGGGUAAAUCCCACUACAGGUGAUAAACGGUUUCGCAGCAUUUCAGCAGCAGAGGAAAAGGCGUGGAAGCAGUUUGCGCGCCCACUCGCUUCGAUCAAAGGUACAACAUUGGAGUUCAAGAUCUCACCUACUCUCACGGCGCUGCCUUCAGGCCUCUCUGCUCAUGGCGAACAGUCUUUAAACACCCUCCAAUCGCCCGACCUGCUCACGUCGCUUUCCGGUGAUUUUGCUCGGUGUCUCCGUUCUCUUUCAUCGAUUCUCAAUGAUCUUAACCGCCUUUCGAGGUUUGGAGACUUACCAGUCAGUCUCAGCCAAGACGGCACAGUAAUCAUGGUCUGCUUCCCGGGCUGUGACGCAGAUCUGGUGACAAGAUUAUGCGAAGAAGUGGGCGUAGAACGAGGUUACGUAAAGGAGGAUGUCGCAUGGGAUCACGACAAGGAGGUACAAAUGGCCCUGCUCUUCCCUUUCGCACCAGAAAUGAAGAAAGAUGCCGAAGGGUAUUUCUACCAUGACGAUCGAGUAGAAGAGGAAGCCGUAGAGGAGCAACAAAACUGGCGCGAUUUACUUUCUCCUUCGGUUCGCACGGUUGAUCUCAACAACAAGGGAGAUGACUACUUAGAUGAAAUGACACUACGCUCAUUCAUGCUGCAUUCUGUCUCUCCCUCAGGAUAUGAGAGCCUUGAGGAUCCUGAUGAUUGGGCGCCAUCUCUAGGAGCUAAGUCAGACAACAUAGCGCCAACCGAGAGUCAAGAUUUUGAGGGUGUGGAAGGGAUCUACAAGUUCUUACAAGUGUGCGCUGAGUCAAAGAGGUAG